UUUAACAGUUAUAUUUAAAAAAUAAAAAAUAAAAAAAAAGAAUAAAAAUGGACCAAAUUGGAGUACAGGAUUGAAUUUCAAAGCGAAGUGAACAGCAGAAACCACGAAACAAAGAAAAAUGUCUAACGCCCUUCAACUUCCGAUCAUUGACUUGGCCUCACCAGAUCGCUUCUCCACCGCCAACUCUAUCGGUAAGGCAUGUAUUGACUACGGUUUCUUUUACCUCGUGAAUCAUGGGGUCGAUGAAGAAUUGAUUAAGAAAGUUUUUGAGCAGAGUAGCAACUUCUUUUCAUUCCCAAUUGAAGAGAAGAUGAAGUUAGCUAUCAAGAAUCACAGAGGCUAUACAGCACUUUAUGCUGAAAAACUUGAUACUACUUUAACUACCAAAGGUGACUCUAAAGAAACUUUCUAUGUUGGUCCACUAGCUGAUGGCCUCAAUCAAUGGCCUUUAGAAGAAGAUCUACCGUCUUGGAGAAGCACAAUGGAGACUUAUCAUCAAAAAGUGCUGUCUGCUGGGACUAAAUUACUCUCCUUAAUUGCCCUGUCCCUUAAAUUAGAUGAAAAUUUCUUUGGGAAAGUGGGUGCCCUUAAUGAACCAUUAGGAUUUAUUCGUUUAUUACAUUAUCCAGGCUCAGGGGACUUGGACUCUUCAAGUGAAGAAAUAUAUGGUGCUUCUGCUCAUUCAGAUUAUGGAAUGAUCACUCUUCUGAUGACGGAUGGUGUUCCGGGGCUUCAGAUUUGCAGGGAGAAAUCCAAACAACCUCAGGUUUGGGAGGAUGUGCCAAGCAUAAGUGGGGCAUUCGUUGUUAACAUUGGGGACAUGAUGGAGAGGUGGACCAAUUGUUUGUUCAGGUCAACACUGCAUAGAGUGCUGCCACCUAGACAAGAACGUUACUCCGUGGCAUUCUUCAUGGAUCCUGGUAAAGACUGUAUCGUGGAAUGUUUGGAAAGCUGUUGCAGUGAGGCUUGCCCGCCAAGAUUCCCACCCAUAAAAGCAUCGGACUACCUGGAAGAGCGCUUUAGACUUACAUAUGUCAAGUAGUUGAAGUUAUGCAUCAUUCCAAGCUCACUUGUGCUGAAGGAAUUGCAAACAUUGUUGAUUUGGCUUGUUAUAUAUUUUUAUCUAUAUAUAUUGGUACCAAGUUCAUUGCAAUUUGGUUUGAGUUGCGUAUUGAAUAUGUGUAAAAGGAGAUUUGAUUCUAAGAAUCUUGGUGGUGUUGAGGAUAAAAUGGCAGAAGUUGAAGAAGAUUGUUAUGGACAAAUCCCAUUUGCUGUUCACCAUGUGAAAACGAGGAAUGGAAUUAUAUUUAUAAAAAGAAAAGUCAUCCAUUUUAGUCACUGAUAA